CACCUGUUUAUUCAUGAUUGAGGAGCGGUAAUGCAGACCUCUGCGGAGGUUCGCAGUUGUUCUUGUAGCAUUCCCAUUUUGUACGUCGAGCGUGUAUUCAAAUUAAAAAAAUGUUUCACUUAAGCCGUUCCUUAAACUUAGAGUACUUUCAAGCAAGUGUCUAAAAAUGUUCUCAUUUUAUGAUGGACUAUAAACAAUGCCACUAUGUACGAGCGCGGCCAAUGCAUCACAAUAUCACGCGGAUAAACGGCUAAUAAUAAUUGUCACUGAAAAAGCCAUUUGAAAAGCGAAAAAAUAUGUCCUCACUCAACACGAGCGUGCCGUAUGCAGAGAAAAUACUUGCGCUUCUCGAGGAAUUCUGUGGUCUAUCGUAUCCACAAGUCCAGCAGAAGCUGAACAGAUUCAUACAAAAUGCAACGAAUACAAGGGUUACGUUUUUGGUGCUUCUUCUCGAUAAAUCGGAAGAAAUGGUGAUCCAUGUGAUAGGAGAACAAAUUUUGGAAAGAGAAUUACGAUUCCCUAUACUAAAUAACAUUUUAUACAAGGCUAUACAAAACAAGGCACCAACAACUAUAGAUGUCGCAUUGGUUGAUGAGGAAAUAAUACGCCGCAUCCAAUGUCAAUGUCAAUGCCAAUGUCCAAUGCCAAGUUCAUUCUUAAUGAUUCCUAUAAAACAUCCUAAGCAAGAUUAUACAGCUGUAGUAGUUUCUUUGAUUGAUGAUAACAAUGAUAGAACAACUGAUAAGCAUGUAGAAAUUGUUCAAGAAUGUUUUCGAUUUUGCUUGGGAUUUUUGUUGAACUCGUUCACAUGUUAUGAAGAAGUUCGUCAGAAGAAACAAUGCCAGAAAUUACUUGCCAUUUCUAGAAAACUAUUUAGUCAUUUAGGAGAGUUUUCCGAUCUCUUGCGCGAGAUUAUGGCAGAAGUAAGAAAUCUAACAAACGCAGAGCGAUGCUCGUUAUUUCUUCUGGAUCCCGAUCAACAGGAUCUAGUUGCUAAAGUAUUUGACGGUAUUGCUAUGAAAGAAUCUGUGAAAGAAAUGAGAAUACCGAUAGGGAAGGGUAUAGCAGGUCACGUUGCGACUACUGGUAAAUUACUUAACAUUAGGAACGCGUAUGAACAUCCUCUUUUCUAUCGUCGUAUAGACGAGGUUACAGGCUUCAAAACCAGAAAUAUUUUGUGCUUCCCAAUUAGAGAUGAGGAAGGAAUUGUUGGUGUUGCACAGCUUUGUAAUAAAAAGGAUGGAUUGUACUUUGACAUCUUUGAUGAAGAAGUUGCAACUGCGUUCAGUAUCUACUGUGGACUUUCCAUAAUGCACAGUAUCAUUUACAAGAAGAUGAAGGAUGCCCGAGCGAGAAACAUACUCAGCAACGAAGUUAUGAUGUAUCAUAUGAUGGUGGAAGAAAGUGAUGUUCAAGCGUUGAUCAAUUGUAAUCACAGCUCUGAUAUAGAAGAUUUUAAUGAAUUCCAUUUUUCACCGCGACGUGUACCUUUUGCGGACAUGCCGUGUUACACAAUCAAAAUGUUCAAUAAUCUAGGUCUUACUAAGCAUUGGAAGCUGAAACUGUCGACAUUAGCUAGGUUUAUAUUAUACGUGAAGAAGGGAUAUAGGGAUGCACCUUAUCACAAUUGGCCACAUGCGUUCUCUGUAACACAUUUUGGGUAUUUAUUAAUUAGAAACCUGCAUUUGAUUUCUGAAAACUACAUGACGCAUUUGCAAGCUUUAGUUUUCUUAGUGGCUUGCUUGUGUCACGAUAUCGACCACAGAGGAACCAAUAACUCAUUUCAAAUGGUGUCUAGCACAGUACUGGCAAGUCUUUAUAGUUCCGAAGGUUCUGUAAUGGAGAGACAUCACUUAGCACAAACUAUGUGUAUUUUGAAUACAGAAGGUUGCAAUAUAUUUGAAAAUUUUAAUAGCAACGAAUACUAUGAAGCAUUGGAUUUAUUGAAAAAUAAUAUUCUUGCGACUGAUUUGGCAGCUCAUCUUCGCGUUGCGGAAGUGCAAUACCAAAUGAUCAAUAAUAAUAAUGUUAAAAAUGAUUCCAAACAGCGAAAACUAUUUUUUGAAAUGCUUAUGACGUGUUGCGAUCUUAGUGAUCAAACUAAACAUUGGACAGUUUCGAAAAAGACUGCAGAAUGUAUUUACGAGGAGUUCUUCUCACAAGGAGAUUUAGAAAGGAGUAUGGGCAUAUGUCCUACAGAAAUGAUGGACAGAGAACGCGCCUCUAUACCAGACCUUCAAGUUCAGUUUAUUUCAAAUAUAGUUAUUCCAGUUUUUACUAAUCUUGCCACAUUAUUCUCCAUGCUACAACCACUAGUUCACAUACUGAAAGAAAAUUGUGAUUUGUGGGAAGCCUCUAACGUCAUAUUUCAAAAGAACAAACGUUUAGGAAUGAAAGGCAUUGCUAUUUUGAUGGAUCCCACUUUCGAGCAAGAAGUGCUGCAAAUCUAUAUGCAAACCCACGACAAUUUGUCAAGGGACACUAUAGUCAAAUUGAAGUUGAAAAAUACAGAAAGUCAUAUUCAAGAUGAAAAUGAAGAUGAACUGAUGUAACUUCGGAGUUAGAAAGUUAAUAUUAUUUUUGUUAUAAAAAGUAAAAUUUAUAGAAUAUAUAGGAUGAGUAUUUUUUUAAAUUCGAAAGCAAUAGAAGAGCUUAUUAGAUGGUAAGCAUUGGCCGAAAUUUAAUUGGUAGAAGGACGCUGGCGUUCUAAUGUUACUUUAUUUAUUCAAUUUAAUGUUACAUGUACAUAUGUAUGUAUGUGUGUAUUAUUAAUUCUAUAACUAUUGUUUUCUGAAUAUGAACUGUCUCAGUAUUUACUUAAUAGACAAUCGCGUGAUGUUCGAUAUUUUAUAUUGUAAAAUUAAAAAGAGUAAAACACAGUUUCUAAUGUAAAGAUAUAUAAAUAUGUCAACAGACUCAGAGUUGGUAUAAUUUAAAAACUUUUAAUACAUACAUAUGUACAUGAUUAAUUAUAGUAGAAUAUUUACAUAAUAUAUGUAUAUUAUUAAAUUCAUCUUUACAUAAUAACGAAAUAUUCUAGACUUAUUAAAAAUACAAUUAUAGUAGAACAAUGAAUGAUAUAUUGCAACAUUAAUCAAACUUAAAAUAUUCUUGUCCGUAGUUUGGCCCUUACAGUUUGAAAAAAGACUUUUGCAUAGUAAUUAUUAUUUAACAUUUUUUAAAUAUAUUCUCAUUUUCUAAUAUUCAUGAACAAUAAAGCAUAAUUCAAAUAGCCUUUGCAAACUUAUACGUCAUAUUACGAAGUAUGUAUACAGUAUUUGGAAGUAUUUACAAGCCUAUCAAUAUGCGCGAAACUUGAACUAUUAGUAGAUUGAAUACUAAUACUUAUAUUUUAGAUGAAACUGAACGAACAUAAAGAAGAUAAAAUCAUUUAUAACGUAUGAAUAAAAUAGAAAUAAACUAUAUACAAAUGUAUAUGCAAUAAAGAGAAAUGUUGAUUAAUUACAAAGUUA